AUUUUUGAAGAAGGUGAUAUAUGAAACUAAAUCUAAAUCGUGCAUAUAUUAAAGAACUGGUUGAUGAGCCUUAUUUUUCAAGAGGGGAAUUCUAUUUUAAUAAUGGAAUGGUGCACAUAAUAUCUGUUAAGGAUUACUGCGUUAAAUCAAAGGUUGUUGGAUCUGGAGUAUAUAGAGUGACGCUUAGAUAUGGUGGUAAGCAUCUGGAUGGAGAAUGCUCUUGUCUAGCAUUUGAAAAUUGGGGGCCAUGUAAGCAUAUGGCUGCAACAGGUUUUGCUAUGAUUCAAUACAAUAGUCAUGGAUAUCAGUCAUCUUCAGAAUGUUCUGAUCGCAUUGAUGAGCAGAACCGCUUCGAAAAAGCACUACGAAAAAAAACAAAGCAGGAACUUAUCGAAAUUAUUAUUCGCUUAAGUGACUAUUAUCCAGAGAUUAUUGAUGAGUUGGAAGAUGAUGAUGAGGAAUAGUACGCCACUCGAUUCAUUAAUAUUGACAAAAUUAAAGUUCAGCAACCU